UACAAAAGAACGGCCACACCUUUGGGCGUGUUUGGAAACAGUUUUCUAUAGUUUCAACCCAUAAUUCAACGCACUGAAAUAUGGUUCCAUCCAAUUACAGCACGCAAGUUGCUCUCUGCGUGUCUGUUUUUUCCGUUACCCUUUUUAUUAUCGCGUUUUCGACUCCGUAUUGGUUGGUAACAGACGGGCAUUUACAAAAUCCACGAUUUAAAAACCUUGGCUUAUGGGAAGUUUGUUUCAACAACUUCCAUGACAUACGCAGGUUUUUUGACAACCCAUUUAACGGUUGCAUGUGGGUUUUUGAAGAGGAAUAUUACAUUAUUCACGAUUUUCUUUUACCUGGUUUUUAUAUAUCUGUGCAACUCUUUGCGACACUUUGCUUUGUUAUGUGCCUCAUUGCUGUUCCACUCACGGUAGGAUUCCUACGAACUUCCCGCGAUGAUGACCGAUACAUUGUGCUGCUGGUAGCUAUCGGAUCCUGCCAGGUCGCAGGGUCAGUUUUUGGAUUUAUUGCCGUUCUUAUAUUCGGAGUCAAGGGAGAUUCCCGAGAUUGGAUGCCUGGAUGGCAGAACAACGAUAUGGGUUGGUCAUUUGCAUUGGGUGUGGUUGGUGCUGUACUGUUAAUGCCGGCUGGUGUGCUAUAUAUGAUAGAGGCACGUCGCGAAAGGUACAAGCGGUUAAAUGAAAUCGGCAAUCGGGAUAUAAGUGAAUAUGGAGAUGUUUUUCAAAACCAGACACACCCCGUGGCUAACCCGCCUGCUUCUUCCCAAUACCAACCUUACAAUGAAGCUGAGUCGAGCCGUCCACGACGCACCCAACGAAGUGGUGCACCGAAUGUCUCCGCUCAAGAAAAAGUUCAAACAGACAUCUAGAACUUAAAAGCUGAAGAAAAAGAAGUAACAGCUGUGUAACCUCCGUCCAUUAAAUAUAUUUCUACACUACUUUCGUAGAUUCGUAGAUUCCAAAUAAUUUACAUAUAUUGUAAUCUUACAAGUUCAAUAAAAACAUUUUUCAAACAUA